UUUGUGAAGAGACGUCGACUCCUUCACCAUGUUGCUCUUCUCGUUGCUGCUGCUGCUGCUGGUCAGCGCUUCACAAGCCACUCAUUUCCUGGGCACCAUGAUGACCUACUACCCACAGAAAACUUUUGCAGACGGUUCAGUCUCAGUGAUCCUUCGCUACAAGUUGAAUUUUGUCUCUUGCAUAGAUUUGGAUACGUGGCAAUGUAGUGGCAACUGUGGAGCACAAACCCAAACACUCGGUUUGUCUGUGAUUGAGGAAGUAAGGGGUGAAUGGUGUCAGAGAGAAGGAGCGAUAACUCAUCUGCUCCCCAACAACACUGGAUUUCAGACUGUGUUUGCUGGAGGAAACUGGAUCGAUAGUAUACAAAAUGGUAUUGUAUCCUGGAGAGCUCUGACUGCCGUUGAAAUGAGGAACCGAUCGGACCUCGGAAAACCCAACACAUCCCCACAGACCACCAUCCUCCCUGCUUUGAGAAUCCCUUCAAACUGUGCCAAAAACAUAGAUUUAUUGGCCUUUGACCCUGAUGGAGACAAAGUGAGAUGCAGAUAUGGGAACACAUUGGCUUCAGAGUGCAACCCAUGUACACCGCCGUCUGUCCUCAGCGUCUCAUCCACCUGUUCUCUGUCAUUCAGCCCAACCAACAGCAGUACUGAGCUUCCAUACGCCGUCCAGUUGGUCAUGGAGGACUUUCCCAAACAGAGCAUAAUUCUGACUCAAACUAACGGCUCACAGGAGGUGAAAACCACCAAUGAUGCCAUCAGCAAGAUUCCUCUGCAGUUUGUUUUGAAAGUGGGUCCACCAGUACCGUCCUGUGCAGAAGGCGCCUAUCUGCCCAGGUUUCUGCCUCCAACUCCAGAGAACCGAGCUCAGCUCUACACCCCCGCUGGUCAAGCUGUGGUAAUCAACAUCAGCGCUGAGGCGACUCAGUCUAACAUCACCGGCCUCCUGUUCAGCGGACCGAACAACGCGGUGAAGACUUCGUUAGGAUCGGGAAGCUUCUCUCUGACCUGGACGCCAUCUGCCAGUGAAAAUGGACAGAGCCACCCCAUCUGUUUCGUUGUCCAGGCAAAGUACUUUUCUACUUUGCUACACUCUGACCUUCGGUGUGUCAUCGUGACGAUUGGAAACGGCCCACCAUAUAUUACCGCUCUGAAUAUGCUGAUCUCUACCACGCUGUUAAUGGAGCAUGACUCUGAUGCCAUCUUAGCUCUGAUUAAAAACACACUGGUUGACAACGGGCUGCCUUCAACCAUCAGUCUUCGCCUCCUGAGCAGCGGCCAAGUGGUCGUCACAACAGCGAGUCCCUAGACAGCGUCAUGAAGAACCGACCGAUCUGGAAAGGGAAAUAUAUAUUCAGAAAUCAUGAAUAUCUUUUUUUGAUUUUUAUCCAAAACCAUCAGUCAACCUUCUGGACCUCUCAGGUCUUCUGGUUCUGGUUCUGCUCUGCAUCCCCAGAACCAGAACCAAACACUGAGUUCCUGUAAAUCAAGACGCUGUGUAUUGUUGCUUUGAAACCAUGAAAAAUGGAACAUUGAUCAACACAUCUGAUGUGUAUUGAUGACGCUAACGAUGCUCAUGCGAUGUCUGUCACUGGUUUCCACAACUGUUGGAUGUAUGGUGUAUUUCUGUUUUCAUGUUUUAAAGCACUUUGAACUGGCUUGUUGCUGAAAUGUGCUAUACCAAUAAACUCGAUUGAUUGAUUGA